AAUACACAACCAAGAAAGUGUACAUGUCCCCACCAGCCUCCCCUACUCGGCUAGUCCCCUUUCCCUCCCUCCUUCACUCUCCUCUCUGCAUUUCUCACCACUUGUUUAAAAUCUGCUCUCAUAACCCAGCUGCCUCUAUGAAUUACAAAUCCAUAAAGAAGCUCUACAAAGUUUUUCAUUUCUAACCGCCAAAGACCAUUUAAACGAAACUUACAUUUCUCUCUUAAGCACAUCGAUCUUAGGCAAAAAUUUAAAACAAACCAGCUGAUGGGCAAGAAAAUGAAGCUCCCUUUUCUCUCCAAGAUCAAUACAAACACAGAUCAAUCAAAAAGGCCUUUAUGGCCUUGGCCUACUUAUUGUCACCAACCAAGAACCCUCUCUUUUAGUUUUAGAACAAGUGAUGGCAUGUUCAAGACCAUCAACUCAGCUUUCUUAGAUGCUACUACCAAUGAUGUGGUGGACAGCACACCUGAGUCAUGGUUCACCAACUCUUGUGAAUCAGCUAGCUUCUCAACAGCAUCAGAUGAUCAGUCAGGAGCUGUUGACCCUAUAGAGACAGUAAUCAGAGGUUUAAGGUCAGAGAGGCUGUUCUUUGAACCAGGAGAGACUAAUUCAAUCUUGGAAGAAGCUAAGGCAUGUGAUGAGUUUCCAUUUAAAGAAACUGUGGUGCUGUCAAUGGAAUCUCAAGACCCUUAUUUGGAUUUCAAGAAGUCAAUGGAGGAGAUGGUUGAGGCUCAUGGUUUAACAGACUGGGAAGGUCUUGAAGAGCUUUUGUCUUGCUACUUGAAAGUGAAUGGAGAGAGCAAUCAUGGGUACAUCGUUAGUGCUUUUGUAGAUUUGCUUGUUGGUCUUGCUUUUGCUUCUUCUUCUUCCUCCUCUUCUUCUAUUAUUAGUACUAGCACUACUCAACAUCAUCAUGAUUUUUGUUCUUCUUCUCAUCAUUCUCCUUCUUCUCCUUUGUCUUUUUACACUUCUUCUACAUCUGAUGAUGAUUCUUCUUCUACUCCUUGCUGUGUAUCCUCAUUAGAAAAUGGGGCUGAUAUAAUUAGUCCAUGUUUAACUUCAUUAGAAGCUGAAAAUGGG